CUAAACACCGAAAGCGUGUGGUGAAGGUCAGAGAAAAUGACGGAAGCAAUUUUAACAAAACUACACAGUUCUAAGAAAUUAGAACGCGAUAGGGGGCUUAAUGAACUAAAAGAACACCUAAAAUCUACAGAUGAAGCUGGAAUUUCUGCUUUAAAGGAAACUUUCACAGGAUAUUUGAAAGAUGAAUCUAGCACAUGGGAGAUAAAGCAUGCAGGUUUGAUGGGUUCUUCUGUGUUAUUGUCUCUGUGUGACUGUGGGGAAGAUUACGGUACAACCAUGCAAGAAGAAGCGCUGAGGCUUUUAGAAGAUGAGGAGUUUCGAGUGAGAUUAGCUGCAGGUGAAGUAAUGGGAGCUCUUUGCCGUCGCUUUGGUCCAGUUAUCUAUGCUAACACCAAACAAACCACACUGCAAGGUAUUAGAGAUAACCUGGAAAGACAGCCACAUGGAUUUGGAAGUGAGAAAGAGAAAGAAGAGGCAGACAGGCUGAUGCAGAAAUUGUACAACUCUUGUACUUCUUCCUCAGAUUCUGACUCAGAUGAUGACCAUGGUGGGGGUGGUUUUAAGUUAGAAAGGCAAAACAGCACUGAUUCUGCACAGAUAUUCCAUGACACAGCAGGAUGGAAAUCCCUAGAAACAUGGAUGAAGUGUUUGCAGUGCAUGUUAGAGAACUGUGGCUACAGCUUCAACCCUUACAUUGACCAAGAACUACUGGACCUUGUUUUUGACACUCUCAACCACACCAAUAGAUUUGUCAGGGAGACGGGGUACUAUGUGUGCGGUACCCUAGUCAGCUGUGGACUAGAUGAUACUGCCCCAGCUGGUACAGAAUUGACCAAUGAAAAUGCAAUUUAUCGUCAUGGUCAGCAAUUUGCUGAAUACCUUGGAAAAGGCUUAGCAGAUAAUUGGAGUCAGGUCAGACUUGCAGCAUCUGUGGCAACACGGAAAUUUCUGGAAAGUAUCCACUCUGAGAAGGCCAGAGAACCAUUUUACCCAAUUCUAAUUCCUAGAAUGUGUCUCAACAGAUACUAUGUUGCUGAGGGAGUUCGGAUAUACAACCAGGAAACCUGGAAACGAGUCACUGCAGGAGAAGGCAAACAUUUAGUAGAAAGAUGUAUCAAAGAAACAGUUGAUUUCUACAUAACGGAGACAGAGGCAGAUAACCAUGCAGUAAGAGAAGCUGCCUGCGCUUGCAUUGCUGAACUAGGACAUAAGAUUGACAAAGAUGUAGUGCGUCCCCAUGUCUCCAGACUUCUAGAUGCAUUGUUGGUAUGUUUUGCAGACCAAAGUUGGCCUGUUAGGGAUGCUGCCUGUAUUGCAUGUGGCAACUUUGUUCUGUGUUUCCCAGAAGAGUCAAGAGACAGCAUACCAGCACUUUAUCCUUUGUUUUAUGAAAAUCUUCAAGACAACAUACCUUCAGUAAGGCAGGGGGCAGCCAUUGCUCUAGGGAAUGUGGUGAAGGCAUAUGGUGCUGAAGCUGCCGCGAUAGUGAUUGACAAGAUCAAAGAGGGCCUCCAGGGGGUUGAGAAACAAACCGAAAACGCAGAGAGAUAUGGUGGACUGGACAAGUCUCCAGCCACAUUUGGUGUGGUCAAAAAAGCAAGGGACAAUGAUAUGGACCUUCAUACUAACCAAACAAUGUACUCAUGUGGCUCACUGGCCCCUAAGAUGGGGCGUGGUAAGAGGGGCGGGGGCUGCAUGGACCACCAGUUUAAGAGGCCCUCAGAACCCUGGGAGCUAGGCGAGGGCUGUGUACACUUGAUGGCAGAGAUGAGCCACAUAACUCAAUAUCAGAAAGAUGUCUGUAAUCUCCUCCCUGUGCUGGCUAAGGCCAUGUCACAUCAACACUACACACAACAUGUGGUCUUCACGGAAACUGUGUGUAAACAGUUACCAAGAAUAGCGACAGGAGUUGGAAAAAGACCAUUUAAAAUGUACUUGGAAUACUUCUUGGACUACAUAUUUUAUGGUUUGAAAUGUGAGAAUGCACUGACGUCCAGUGCUGCCAGUCAGUGCUUACAGGACCUUGCCAAGCUACUGGGACCGAACAUCUUACGAGGAAGAGUGGAACAUCUUAACCCAAGAUACCUGGAGGACUUUGAUGCUAAUGUGAUGCAGAUGCCACCCUAUCCUGGACCCCCAGUGUGAAGUACACAGAGAUCUGGUGAUAUUGAUCUUAUGUGGAUGUGCAUGUGGAUGUGUGACCAUCAUCCUAGUUCAGAUUGUGAUGCGAUUGUAAACAAGGGCUUUUUAUGAACAUUUGAGACAAGUGCAUCAAGAGAUAUUAUUCCAGUAGUACUUUUUUACCUUAAUAACUAUAAUCAGUAAAUGUUGUUAAGUAUUUAUUGUGUAGAUGUCGUUUUGACUUACAGUGCAAGGUUGAAACCUGGUUUUGAUCUACAUGUCAUUGUGCGUUAUAGUCUGUGUAUUAGAAUGUACCACUGGAAUGACUUUUCUUUGAAUACUGGUCUGCAAAGCAGAUUAAAAAAUAAAUAAAAAUAAAUAAAAUAUCAGAUAGUUUUCACCUGAUUUGAAUGC